GCAUUUUGUAUGACAUGCCACGUGUCGUCACUAUUCCGCAUCUCAACGCUAGAAUUGACGGUGAUUAAAGCAUGAGAACCUUCAAUCUACGGUCCAGAUGAAGCGGAGUACACGUAGUAGUAAGACCACCGUUUCAUCACCAACUGGCUACAAAUUAGGGCUUCUGUUGCUUUUAUAUACUCUGCACUCUACUUCUACAUAUUGUUUUCUUCUCCAUAGCUGCAGAGCUUUUGUCUCCAUUUCUUCUUCUUCUUCUCUGUGAUAUUCGAUUCAAUCAUGGGAAAAGGACCUGGUCUCUACUCCGAUAUCGGCAAGAAGACCCGAGAUCUUCUGUACAGGGAUUACCAGACUGACCACAAAUUCACAAUUACGACCUACUCUCCUACCGGAGUUGCUAUUACUUCAUCUGGAUUGAAGAAAGGUGAUCUAUUUCUGGCUGAUGUUAACACUCAGUUGAAGAACAAGAAUAUCACAACUGAUAUAAAAGUAGACACGAACUCAAAUCUUUUGGCAACUGUUACUGUCGAUGAAGCUGCUCCUGGGCUGAAGACAAUUUUUAGUUGCCGAAUUCCUGAUCAAAGUUCUGCAAAGAUGGAACUUCAAUAUUUACAUGACUAUGCUGGGAUAUGCACCAGCGUUGGGUUGACAGCAAAUCCCAUUGUCAACUUCUCUGGUGUCUUGGGAACCAAUGUUCUUGCUCUAGGAACUGAUGUAUCCUUUGACACCAAGGCAGGAGCUAUCACAAAGUGCAAUGCAGGCUUGAGUUUCACAAAUGCCGACCUCAUUACUUCCUUGAAUCUUAAUAACAAGGGAGAUUCUUUGAGUGCAUCAUACUACCACAUAGUCACCCCCCUGACUAGUACUGCUGUUGGUGCGGAGGUGACCCAUAGCUUCUCUACCAGUGAGAACACCAUCACUGUUGGAACUCAGCAUCAAUUGGAUCCCUUGACGACUGUUAAGGCAAGGGUUAACAACUUUGGCACGGCAACUGCUCUGAUCCAGCAUGAGUGGCGUCCAAAGUCUCUUUUCACCAUUUCAGGAGAGGUGGACACCAAAGCUGUUGACAAAAGUGCCAAAUUUGGACUAGCCUUGGCUCUUAAGCCAUAGGCAUAGUCAGAGGUUUAGGACAAUCACCCGUAGACAAUGGACUAUUGAGCAAAUUAGAAGACUUGUUUCUGUGGCAAUUUAUCUGGUAGUUCUGGACUGAAAAAAUAAUUUUAGGUGGUUGUUUCAACCAACGUCGUGUCAUUCUGACAUCGUACAUUCUUAUUCUCAACUCUUUUUGACAACUCUUUUUGAAACUGAUGAUGGGUAAGUUGGGUACCUCAUUAUACCCAUAGACUCGAGGCUUGAGAGUUUUUUGCUCGAGAUUUUUGUCCAAGUAAAAGCGCAUUGUUGAAGAAUCAUUAUCCAUAAUAUGUUUUCUACUUGGCAUGUUCCAAAAUUUAUCCUUAAUUCGUUGGA